UGCUCAUUUACACUGCUGCUCUUUCACAAACACUCUUUUCAGCUCGGUCUUAUUUUACGCUUCUUUCUUUUGUAUUGACCGGCAUGCAAGUGGGCGCAGUGUCCCCAACCAGCAAUAUGAGAUGAGCUCUUUUUGGCUUUUAAAGAGAGUUCCUUUUUUCUGGAGGUCCAAAAUACAAGAUGAUGUGACAAGACCACUCAUAAAGGUAACCAAUAGAAAUGGCACUCAAUACCAGGGCACAGAUAUCAGCACAGAGAGCCAAACUGUUUCAAGCUCAUCAAAUCAUAAUGAACAAACCAAGCUGUCUUCUUGGACCUUUCAUUUACAGACCCAAAGUCCCUCUGAUCUGACGUUCUUUCUGCAGAAAUAUGUGCUGUUUACUAGCAACUUUUUCUUCUCUGUGCUGGGCUUGGUCACCUUAGGAACUGGUUUCUGGGGUCUUACAAACAAGGAGUCCUUCGCUCAGGAGAAGCUGGAUGGCCUUGGCACUGAUCCCAUGCUGCUCUUAGUUUUUCUUGGCGUGCUGCUUUCACUUCUUUGUCUUACUUGUUGUGUGGGAGCACUAAGGGAGAAUUACUGCCUGCUGCGUACUUUCUCUGCGAUGCUUCUAGUCCUUGUAGCUGCUCAGUUCCUGGUGGCCAUUGUGGCCUACAGCAUGCAGGGCUGGAUUAUCGAACUGCUGAGCUCAGCCAUGCUGAUGGCUAUGACACGCUACCAGGACGACCUGGACCUGAGGUUUAUUACAGAUGAGAUCCAGGUUGGGCUGCAGUGCUGUGGGGUGAAUAACUAUCGAGACUGGGAGGUCAACCAGUACUUUAACUGCUCAUCUCCUGGCGUGCAGGCAUGUGGCGUUCCUCCCUCAUGCUGCGUGGAUCCACUGGAAAAUGGCACAGUGUGGAAUUCACAGUGUGGCCUUAGGGGGCAGCAGCUGGACGAGUUCUCAGCUCAAAGUGUGAUUUUCCUGGGGGGUUGUCUGGGCAGUAUUUCACGCUGGAUAAGCCUGCACUCUGAGGUUAUUGGCAUAGUAACAGCUGUCCUGCUCGGAGUUCAGAUCCUCACACUGAUCAUUACUACAUGCUUGCUGGACAGGAUCCAAUGGAACAAAACACAAGCAUGGCAAAGAAAUGCAUGAUGCACAAACGUUUUCUUCUCUGAGUAACACAAGGUACAAGAAAUUACAUAUGACAUGUAUCAAUAUCCUGUAUAAUAACUCCUAUUUAUCACAUUAUGUUCCAUAUGUUUUACAAGUGAAUAAUCGUUUCUCCUUUUCGUUUUUCCUAUUCUAAAUUUUUCUUCAUUUUCACCAAUGUUUCAGUUUGAAAGUGCAAAUCUAUCAUUCCUAAUACACAUAGCUAUUGAAUUAGUUACUUCAUGCAAUAAUUGUUACAAACAAAUGUACAUUUAGGCUUCCCUAAAAAGUACAAAAUAAGCUUUAUUCAGUGUUCAAGUCAUUUCAGUACUGCUAAUGAUUGUAAGUUUAAUCACAAAACAACCUCAGCAAUCAACUGAUUUUAGACAAAACACAAAUGGCUGCCUUAAGACAUAAAAAUAAGCAUUUUCUACGCAAAAUUAUUUCUGCUCAAUCAAAUUCAAUCAGGACUGUACAUUAAAAAAAAUGAACAAUUUCCACUACUGACAGAGCUGCUCUUUUAAACAAGAGUGGCACAUGAGAGUCACACUAUGAUUGUAAAACACAAAGAAAUCUUUGUUUAAAACAUCAAACAUGUUCAUGACCAGAAACAUUUCCAUUACAAGUAUUUUCUUGUGUUCAGAAUCGAAAUAGUAGUCAAAAAACACAUGAAUAUGUACCUAAAGAAAUCUGUACCAAAAGAAACAUAAACAUACUCUACUUAUUAUACUAUAAUAACUUAUUUAUUUAAUGCUUAUUACUCUCCGACUUAUAUUUUACCCUUUGUUACCCUUUUCAUUGUCUACGUUAUGAACAGGUAAACAGGUCAUGUAGAAACGUCUGAUUACUGCUAGAUACUGCUGGAACACUACAUAGCAAAGGCGGGUUGUUUUUUUUCUCAGAUGAUGCCAUACUGAGAUAAUUCAUGCAGCUCCAGAUGACUGAAUGCUUCCCAGGGGCAGAUCACAGUGAUAUCUGCAAAAGAGAACAACAUCUGUAUAUUGACUUUUAGGUCUGUUAUAAUCUUUACAUGGUUGCAUGAUUUAAGAAGUUCAGAUUUAAGAAGCAUGAUUUAAGAAGUUAUGAGUUUUUUAUGUAAACUGUACCAGUUCCCAAGCCUUCCAUUCCAGGAAUUUCUUCACCAAACCUGUAAAACACACACACACACACACACACACACACACACACACACACACACACACACACACACACACACACACACACACACACACACACACACA